CUGCGUGUGGAAGAUGUCGAGCUUUGGGCUGGUCUUGGCCCAGACCCAACACAUGAUCGGGUCCAUGCUGUCGGACAAGGAGUUUGUGGAGGAGUUUCUCGGGGCGAACCGGGCCAGGCUAGCGGCGGCACGGGGCGUUCACGGGCGGGUUGGGUCGGGAUCCGGUGCCUGAGAUCCAGCAACGCGGGGUUGUUCGUGUUGAUGGAUCUCCGGCGAUUGUUGAAGGAGAAGAUCGUGGAGGAGGAGAUGGCGCUUUGGCGGGUUAUAAUCAACGAGGUGAAGCUCAACGUCUCAUCGGGGAGUUCGUUCUACUGCUUAUAG